UUCCGUAGUCCCUCGCCGACUUCUCGUUUGAAGUCUUUCAAAAAUGACAAAUCCCGCAAGAUCUGUUCCAUCAAGAAAACACUUCAAUGGAAGCUGCCCCACAAAAUGAGGUCGGCCAAAAGAUCUGAAAAAAAGCUGCAACAAAAUGACACGAUCCAAAGAAAUUCAAGAAUAGAUGACAAAUAAAGUAAUGGACAUCUUUCAAUCUGGAAAGGGUGACAAAGACAAUUCUAAAGCUUUAGGACUCCAGCGAACCACAGUGAAAGCCAAGUGGGGAAAACACGGAGCAGCGGCGAACCUUCCGAGGAGUGGCCGGCCUACAAAGAUGACACCGAGAGAACAGCGAUGACUCAUCCAGUAGGCUACGCGAGAACUCGGGACAACUUCGAAAGAACGGCAGGCCUCCCUUGCCUCAGUUAAGAUGGCAGAGGCAACAUUUAGCGGCUUAGGAAAAAACACAGCGGCCAAAGGAAUCUCAGAGAGGGACGUGCCUCACGUUCGUCUGGUUGGCGAUGCCGACGUAGAGGAAAUCUACACAAUUGGGAAGAAAUUGGGCCACGGCAGUUACGGGGUGGUGUACGAAGGCACACACAUUCGGACGCAGACCCAAUGGGCCAUCAAGACGGUUUGCAAGGCCGAGCCGGGAAGUACAAAGAUUAAGAUGCUGGAGCAAGAAAUCAAAAUACUCAAGCAAGUGGCUCACCCGAACAUAUUACAUCUGGAGGAGAUCUAUGAGACGGCUCAGAUGACAUAUUUAAUCACUGAGCUGUGUGUUGGAGGUGAACUCAAGCAGGUGUUGCAGCAUAAACAGUUCUUUCCAGAGGAGGAGGCGAGACACAUCAUCGGUUGCCUCGCAGACGCCAUCACCUACCUUCACAAGAAAAACAUAAUGCAUCGGGAUUUGAAACUUGAGAACAUUUUGGUGAAAAAUUCUCUUGAUGACUACAAUGGCAAGCUUGAUAUCAAGGUUGCGGACUUUGGAUUGUCAGUGAAGACCUUGGGCGUUGGAAGCGAAAACAUUCUGUCGGACGUCUGUGGGACUCCGAUCUAUAUGGCUCCUGAAAUGAUGAGCCAACGUGGUUACACACACUGGUGUGAUAUGUGGAGUGUAGGAGUCAUUAUGUAUAUUUUGCUGUGCGGGGAGCCCCCGUUUGUGUCCAAGUCCAAAGAAAACCGACUUAAGGAGAUUAGAACAAUAGGAGUCCAAUUUCCGUCACCCAUCUGGGACACAGUCAGUGAUGCAGCAAAAACAGUGGUGACGUGCCUCCUGAAAGAGAACCCCGCUUACCGCAUGUCCGCUAAUCAGUUGCGAGACAACCCGUGGAUUACAGGUGACACCAGCACGCCCGCCAUGCCUCUCAAUGCACUGGAGAUGAUGCACAACUUCCAUGAACAGGAGAAGAGCACGCAGGACCCGAAGCAAAGCCGAGACCCUUCCCCCGUUGCCAGGACCGCUGCGCCGACGACGUCGCCGGAGAUGAAAAGCAACGGCUUGAGCCACGACCGUCUCAGCGACUCUUCUUGCACGCCUUGCACGUCCACCAAAGCGAGGGGGCAGCGGCCAUCAACGCGACAAAGGGAAAAUGAUUUGUGGCGCCCCACUUCGUCCCAACACACCACAGACCGUCGUGAAAUCCCGCCCGCAAUCGAGUAUCAAGCCGCGCAAGUUUCAACGCAAGACGAAGAAAGCGGCCUCCCAUCAAAACGGACAGAGAUCUCCUCCAUCUCCUCUAAAAAUAUGACUGACUGUCAAAGCAGCACUUAAGUCACACAGAUGCCUCGCGGAACAAAGAAGGACCUCCAAAAAUAGAUUUAGCCUCUAUUUAAUGAUACGCUUGAAGCAGGGAAGUGAACAAAUUGAGCCGCGAUACACUGGUGAUGGCGGUGCCAAAUCAAGAGUGGUGUUUGUGUGCUCUCACCGGCCACUUUGUUAGGUACACCUGCUCCAAUUCUGCUAUUCGUUACCGUCUAUCUCAUACUGAGAGCCGUUUCUAAUGUUUUGGUCACAAAACAAACCCGUAUCGCAGGUGCACUUAAUGCCGUGGCCGGUGUGUGCGCUUGAUAUCUACCGUGUGAAUCCAGCAUCUCUCCUCAACUGUCCUAUUUUUGCCGAGGGGCCUCGGUCUGUGGGACCGAGCAGAAUCCACUGCGCAAAUGUUGACUUUUCACCGCCAGCUGUUGCCGAGGCUGCCCAAACAAUGCAGGCGCUCUUCUAGGUAUUCAAAUACAAGUUGAACACACAGCAAAUAUACAGUACAACAACUGUCAACGGGGGAAUAUGAAAAGUCCUCAUUUUAACAAAAGCGAAACUUUUUUCUUUGUUUUUUUCCCCUUCGGUGAGAAAUGUGUUCAUUUUUUGUUAGCUUCCGGGAGUGACGGUGUCCAUAAAGUCUCUCUCCAAUCAAAUGUGUUACAAUAGGAGAUGAAUAGCCAAUUCUGUGGAAAUGAUUCCAAAACCAGGAGUCAAUAAUACGCCUCGAUACGAGCGCCCUUUUAUCCAACACGGUCCCCGUCCGUCUCCGUCUCCGUGAAAUUUGCACAAGUUGACGGACGUGACAGCGGAUGUCUUGUAUACAAGUCAAUAUCACCUAAAGGUGCCUUUUAGAUUUCCUUAUUUCACCCAAAACGUUGAUAUGUUUUAAUUGAAAUUCAUAUUGAAGAUUUGUUGCAUAUAGGUCAAGCUCCCGUAGUUUAAAAAAAAUAAUAAAAAUUUAAUAAAUGAUCUGCAAGCAGCAAAAUAUGGGAGCUGGGAGGACAAUGACAGGGUAGACAUUUUUUUUUGGGGGGGGGG